GUGGACACACGCGGAGAUAGGGGACGACAUGGGCCUGGACAUGACGUCAGCUCGCGAAACGUGAUAGCAGCUUGCUGCUAUCACCGGUGAAACAGGGCCAUGAAGCCUAGCUGAACUAGGGCUUUAAGAUUGGGGUCGGACGGUGGCGCCUGCAUUAAUGCUACACACAUUUCAAGAUGUGGAAGUGCAGAAGGUGCGAGAAACCGGUGUUCUUCGCCGAACGGAAGCAGAGCAUGGGCUACGACUGGCACCCCGAGUGUCUGCGCUGCGACGAGUGCGGCAAGCGGCUCAACCCGGGCCAGCACGCCGAGCACAAGGGCAGCCCGUACUGCCACGUGCCCUGUUACGGCGCGCUGUUCGGGCCGCACCUGUUCGGCCACGGCACGCACGUGGAGGCGCACGUCAGCUUCGGGCGGCGCGACUCUGCGCCGGAGAGUCCGCGGCAGCCGGACCAGGAGCUGCUGGCGCGCCAGCUGAGGGCCUACAACCAGUACCACGAGAGCAGCCGCACCCAGAUACACAGCCGGGAGCGUAACGGGCGUCUCAUACUGGACGGCGUGCUCAAACUGUACUGGGGGGUCAACAAACUACUCCAGUUCAAAGAGGACGACGACCAACGACCCAUCGUCCGAAAACGCCAUUCCCAGUGGAUACAGCCGACGCGCAGUGAGGCGGUGGACUCGGGCUCGGACUCGGAGUCGGGCUCCCGGCCGGCCACGCCAGCACCGUCGCCGGCGCGCGGCCCGCCGCGCAGCCAGAGCGUCACGCCGCACGCGCUCAGUCAGCUGACGUAUCCGCCAGUGGACACCGACUCGGGACACGGCACGCAGACGCAGACGGAGACGGACGCCGAGACGGGCGCCGAGGUGGAGGUGAACGGCCACCGCGCCGCCGAGGAGGGCGUCGAGAAGGGUCAGCUCGAGUCGGCAGAGGUGGAGAACUCGGACAAGGAGCCGCCGCCGCCGCCGCCCGGCCCGCCGCCGCGGGUCGACUCCUCGCCCACCGACGAGUCGACCACGGAGCCGCCGCUCCGCGCUCCGGCCAAAUCGCGCGUCAUCCGCCGCCGGCCCGGACGGCGCAUGAACAAGGCCAAGGUCAAGCGGCGCUGCUCCAUCAACGGACACUACUACAACCGGGAGACGUCUGUGUUCACGCCGCCGCACGGCUCGGCCCUCUCGGUCUGGGUCACCUCGCUGGUCACCUGCCGGGAGAUGAUCGACAUGGUGCUCGACAAGUACCGCGUCGAGGACCGCGCCGACAACUUCGCCCUCUACAUCGUCUGGGACUCGGGAGAGCGGCGCCGACUGCGCAGCGACGAGUACCCGCUGCUGACGCGGAUAGCCAGCGGACCGUCCGAGGCGGCCGCCCGGCUCUUCGUCAUGGACCGCGAGACCACGGCCGAAAUCAGGAGCGACGUGGCCCAGUAUAUAAACCUGACGGACGUCGAGUGUACGGCCAUUCUACAGAAGUACCGCGAGGAGGAGGAGCGGCACAUCCAGCACAUCAAGGACAAGUUCGCCGAGAUGAGAGAGCGCAUCAAAGCCAGGAUGCGCGAUCUCAAGGUCCAGCUGUGAGCUGUCCGUCAGCAGCUUUGGCGGCGGCAGUGGCGGGGCUGCCGCCGGCGCGGCCUCUGCGCUCUCUGUAAGGAUGGACCGCCGUGGCCGGGGCAGCGGCGGGCCGGCAGGACACGGCCCGCUGCGCCCUGCCAGAAGCCGCGGCCGCCGCCGCCGCCGCUCAGCCACAUUGCACGUGCCAUGUCCUUCUGAGCAGCGUCUCAGCCGACUGGGUGAGUAUUUCCGCUAUGCACACGUGGCUUCCUUUGUUGCGGGCUUCCGUUCAGCGGCAGCCGGCCGGCAGUCGGCGGCGGCUGGCGACUGGUGCGAGUCGACAGGUGCUGUGAGUCGGUGGGUUGAGGCGGCCGGCGGCGGCCCGUCUCAGCUGUAUCUUGCCGGGUGCGCUGGGCUGGGCGGGGACGGGCGCGCCGUGGCGCCGGCAGGCUCGGAGGGGGUGCCGCCGCUGCUCCGUGAAUGUCACACGGGUCUGCGCGGCCACAGACUGACUUAUCCCCGUGGUGCUAUGGAACAGACUGUUCUGAGGGCGAGUACGGCAAUAUCUGCCGCGCUUCAGACGCUGUUCUCCGAACUGUGGGAUCUGAGUGGAGUGUCUGGACGCUGCUAGGCUAGCUAAUACCGGCGGGCGGGGGGAGUCUCCGAACUGUGGGAUCUGAGUGCAGUGUCUCACGCUGCUAGGCUAGCUGAUACCGGCGGGGAGUCUGAGGGGUCUCCGAACUGUGGGAUCUGAGUUCAGUGUCUCACGCUGCCACGGUGAGGUACCGGUACCGGCUGCAGUGGCUGAUGCCGGCUGGUGGGGAGGCGGAGGCGGCCCGGCCGGCCGGCCGGGUCCGUGGUCUCGGUGUAUGCUCUGGUCUCGGUGUCCGUUCUCGGUGUCAGCUCCACCAGGGGCCGCGCUGUGGGCAGCGCAGCGGGCCGGCCGUGCCCGAUAUAGGUGCGUUUACACUUUACCAGUGUGUUGUCGGGUGAGCUGCGCGGCGUCUAUGUAAUCUCCGCGGUUGGCUGGCGGGCGCCUGUUCCGCCCAGCGGCAACCGUGACUCUCCUACCCUGAAUCUGCACAGUGUCUUACAUUGUGACCGUGCCAUGUGAUUGCAGGUUUUUAUUAUCGUAUCAUGUCAACCGUGCCGGCUUUUUAUAACUCUGUUGUGUGAUAUUGCCAUUGUGGUCAGUUUUUCUGCUUGUAUUGGCAGUCGCUGGAUAUAUGGGCAGUCGCUGCACAUUUGUCGGAUUCUGCCGCCGUGACGCUGUCGCUGGGGACCGUGACUCUGGUCCGGGGACCGUGUCUCGGUGGUCCGGGGACCGUGUCUCGGUGGUCCGGUGACCGUGUCUCGGUGGUCCGGGGACCGUGUCUCGGUGGUCCGGUGACCGUGUCUCGGUGGUCCGGGGACCGUGUCUCGGUGGUCCGGGGACCGUGUCUCGGUGGUCCGGGGACUGUGUCUCGGUGGCCCGGGGACCGUGUCUCGGUGGUCCGGGGACCGUGUCUCGGUGGUCCGGGGACUGUGUCUCGGUGGCCCGGUGACUCGGUCUGUGUGCCGGUCCGGUCCGGACCGCUGUGAUCCGGUGACUCGGUCCGCUGUGGCCCGGUGACUCGGUCUGUGUGCCGGUCCGGUCCGGACCGCUGUGGUCCGGUGACUCGGUCCGCUGUGGUCCGGUGACUCGGUCCGCUGUGGUCCGGUGACUCGGUCCGCUGUGGUCCGGUGACUCGGUCCGCUGUGGUCCGGUGACUCGGUCCGCUGUGGUCCGGUGACUCGGUCCGCUGUGGUCCGGUGACUCGGACCGCUGUGAUCGGGUGACUCGGACCGCUGUGGUCCGGUGACUCGGUCCGCUGUGGUCCGGUGACUCGGUCCGCUGUGGUCCGGUGACUCGGUCCGCUGUGGUCCGGUGACGCGGUCCGCUGUGGUCCGGUGACUCGGACCGCUGUGGUCUGGUGACUCGGUCCGCCGUGGUCCGGUGACUCGGUCCGCAGUCGGGUCGGGUCGGGGCCGUAUUGUGGCACAAUGCCGUGAUACACAGACGCGUCUGGCCCGCCGGGCCGCCGGGCCGCCGGGCUGGACGCGCCCGCUGCACAGUAGGCCGGCCGGCCGCCAGGAGCGCUAGAAAUGCCGAAAAAUGAAACGUGCUCAGGGUGCAAAAAAUUAAUACCCACAGACUCGAAAUUGAUCAUAGGAUACGAUGCCGUGCCGUGAAUAAGUAUGAGACCGAUGUCACGGCCAAUAUUCAGCUCCGAACACAGUCUAACUGACGGUUAGGGAAUGAAGCGGCUAUCUGAACGAUUUCGACUAGAUUUUGAAUUGCUCUUUUCUCAUGAAUGAACAUCUUAUUGGUGAAAAUAAACGACUGCACAUGAUGCACACGGUUAUUGUGAUCAUGUUCAUAACCAAUUUCAUUGGGCUCACUCAUCUGAUUGCACUCUAAAUAGUGAGUUUGCAACAUGUUGCAGACAUCUACAUAAGCUUAUAUUCAAUUAGACUUAUAUAAAAACGUUAUUUUUGGCACCUAAUUCUGACGGCAUAAUAAGAUUGGGCAAGUGUUGUACUUUCGAACCGUUGUCGAUUUUUUUCUGCUUUUCGCUGCUAGUUUAGGAGCUAUACUGGCAUUUGCUGGGGUAUUUUUAUACCAUCUGGUUGGGAGAGGGGUAGUGAACGUCCUUAGCCUAUAACUUGCGAACAAAUGGUCGCAGCGAGAUGCGCAUGGCAGCGAUCGAAAGGUCUCAACAAGAUGUGUUCGAUUAGCAUUUAAAACUUGUUUUAACCCGGCAUUUGCUGGGGUAUUUUCAUAACACCACUUGCUGGGGGGGGGGGGGGCCGUCAGACGUCCCCAGCCCAUAACUCGAGAACGGUUAGUCGCAGCGGGACAGGCGAGGCGGCAAACGAAAGCUCUAAACAAGACGCAUCUGAUGAAUACUUAAAUUUGGUUCUCAGGUCAAACUUGAGGUCAAGGUCAGGUCAAAGGUAAAAAUAGGGGUUUUCAUUUUGGGCCCCAGAGACCGAACUACCGACAGCAGCGAGCUCAAAAUUUCUUGGCAUGUGCCCAAAAGAUGUAAGAAAAGUCUCAUUGUGUCUAAAGCGAAUUGGAGCACAGGUCAAGGUCAAGGUCAGGUCACCAAAGGUCACACAAAGUCGAAUUUUCAAAAUAACAUUUAAAUACCGUGUGACACAUGUUUUUGGGGUAGUUUUGGACGUAGAACACGAUGGUGGCAAGAAUUUGGAGAUUUGACCCCCGCAAAAUGGUGAAAAAGUGAAAAAAGGGGUUAAAAAUUCGAAAUUUUCAAAAUUCAAAAUUUUGAAUUCAAAACAUGCUAUCUGAUGCAGUUUUAUCUCAGGAUUCCAAAAAUGUCUUUUGUUUUGCUCUACGACCCCUAUAAGUACCAAAAAUUUGAGUUUGAAAAAUGAAAUUGGAUAUUUUGUUACUUUUUGCGCCCUCUAUAGCAACCAAAUAUUGAGCUACGGACUUGAAAUUUUGCAUGCUGAUUCUUCUUUUGAUGCCCGAGGACAACUUGUCUCAUUUUUUUGAAAAAUUCAAAUUUUUGAAAAAAUCAAAUUUUUCUCAAAAUUUGGUUUGACAUUUUGGACCCCUAAAACUCAAUAUUUUGAAAAUCCGAGAUAACCAUCUUGUAGAAAAUUCAAUUUUCUAUCGUUUGAGCCCUGAAAAUUGCAAAUUGCUUCAUUUAUAUAUCCUACAAUAGGCAGGGGAGGGUCGAUGCGAAGCCUUAUAUUCGCGAUGGUGCAAAAACGGGGAUGCGCAUCGCGCUGAACUUUACAAUAGCUUCUACAGGGGCAUAUUGUGAUCGUAUUCAUAAC